CAGGAAGUAGUUUUUGGCAUUUGGCGGGUUGAGCGGUGAAGACGCACAGAAAUGGCGGCAAUGAAUGACAUGGAGAAGAAACUUGCUGAGUUUAAAUGUGACACCAAUGAAGCUAUCUGUUUGAAAUUAGUGCGCUUCCCAGAGGACAUAGAUGAUGAAAGCACAACCUUUCACCCUGAGUACAGUCAUCAGCUGUAUGGAGAUGAUGAAGUGGCGUUUGGCUACAAAGGUCUUCAGAUCCAGCUGUACUACAGCGCAGGGAACCUGAGCACUCUGUUCAAAGUCAAAUACAGUGCAAAGGUCACAGAGAAAUUUGACUGUGUGAAGCCGGAUGAUGUGGAGGGUAAAAUCAGAGAGAUAAUUCCUGCUGGUUUCUGCUGUAACACAGAUGACUUUGUCUCUCUUCUGGAGAAAGAGGCCAACUUUAAACCAUUCGGCAGCCUGCAGCAUACUUAUAAAGUUCACAACGAAGAGGCUGGAGAGGAUCUCACCUACCAGAUACACAAGGUGGAUAUCUCGUGUCCAGGGUUCAGUGAGUAUCAUGAGCGCUUGCAGACGUUCCUUAUGUGGUUUAUUGAGACGGCCAGUUACAUUGAUGUGGACGACGAUCGCUGGGAUUUCUUCCUUGUAUUUGAGAAGUACAUCAAGGAUGGAGAGACCCUCUAUGCAACCGUUGGCUACAUGACAGUGUAUAAUUACUACGUGUACCCAGACAAAACCAGACCACGUGUCAGUCAGAUGCUGAUUUUACCACCAUUCCAGGGAGAAGGUCACGGGGCUCAGCUCUUAGAGACAGUCCACCGAUACUACUGCAGUUCACCUAAAGUACAGGACAUCACAGCGGAAAAUCCGUCUGAGAACUUCGUGAAGCUGAGGGAUUUCGUGCUGGUGAAGCUGUGUUUGGCUCUGCCUUCAUUCUCUAGUGAGAAACUCUCUCAGGGCUUCAGUGAUGAGAUGGUGUCUGAGGCUAGAGACAAACUCAAGAUCAACAAGAAACAUGCACGACGUGUCUAUGAAAUUCUGCGUCUCAGAAACACAGACAUGAAUGAUGAAGAGAAAGCCAGAGAAUUUCGCUUGGAGGUCAAGAAAAGACUCUACGGACCCUACAGAAAAAACCAGCGUGAGCUGACGAAGAUGAGGAAAUGUUUGAAGCCAGAGGAGUUGGCGUCCCACAUCAGCCAGAUCGACACGACACUGCAACACGAGGAGCUGGAGAAAAGCUUCCAGGAUGUGCUGGCGGAAUAUCACAGAGUCCUAGAGCGGCUGGCUCAGGCGUAAACAAACAAACACGCAAAUGGGGAGAGUUCUGCAACGUCCAAAAACUGGCAAGGCAUCGACACACACACACACACACACACACACACACACACACACACACACACACACAAAAUGUUUGGUUCUCUUGUAUCCAGUGUUUAUAAGGGUUUAAACACGGUACAGCUGCAUUUCUUACGUGUGUUACAGAGAUGAUGGGCAAUUACGUACAAUUACGUCUACCAUGGAGCAGACCUCUGAAUAUUUUUGAGUUGAUAGUGUCAUUGUUUCUUCCAUCAAAUGUUUUCCUGAAAAUGUAAAAAUGUAGAUUUUGAAGCACUUCCUUUGAAAAACAAAUAAAUGUUUUGUAUAUUG